AUGAUAAUCUCAACGACACAUGGGCGACAUCAGCGGUUGAUGGCCAGCGGGGCUCUUCUGCUGCUGGUUGCAAUCAUCUUCGCCUGCACUGCCGGGAUGGUGGAGGCCCAGCGCGGCCCGCUGCGAGGCACCAUCACGCGGCUGGUUCCCGCAUCGGCUCCCCUCAUGUGCCAGGACUCAAUUCGAGCUCUGGGCACCGACCUGCAAGCAAACGCCUCCUACGAAAUCGAUUGGCAGACGAGCGUGUUGUUCUGCAAGUGGGUCAACUCGACCGAGCUGGCGUGUCCACAGGCGCCCCUCACCAGCCCGGGCGCUGUGUCCAUCGUCAUCAAGAUCGGACCCAACAUCAUCAGCCCCGCCAACCUCACCUUCCUCUUCUACCAGCCGCCGCAGCUGCAGAGCCUGGACCCGCCGUCGGGCAGAGUGGCCGGAGGCUACGACGUGCGCAUCUGGGGAUACGACUUCUUCCCAAACCCCGAAGACGGUAUUCUGUGUAAGUUCGGGAACCAGGUCGUUCCGGCGCUGUUCAGCAAUCAGACGCUGCCGGUCCAGAACAUCACCAGCCCGUCACCCACCACGUCUCCCGGCAAGUUCGUCGCACACGCCGCCGCCGCCGCUUCCCCCACGCCCCAGCCGAGCAGCUCCUUCAUGAACAGCGUCGUCUGCCUCGGCAUUCCACGCGCCAAGUCAGAG